CAGUGACCGACGAGAUGGUUGGACUACAGAUCCCAUGAGGCUGUGCACCUCGGCACAAGCGCAGUGUGUGUGCGGUGCUGAGUUUAGGCCGGAGGGAUGGAGAGUGAGGGGAAGGGGCAGUGGAUUGAGGCGGCCCAGUCUGGGGGCAUUGAGAGUACGGCGCGGAUGGCCACUGGUACUGAGAAAGUGGGGCACGGACGGAGCAGGAAACGGAUCUUGGAUGAGGAAACAUACAUCGGGAAUUUGGAGGAAAUUAUCCAACGAGAUUUUUUCCCUGAUGUGGAAAAGUUACGUGCUCAGAGAGAGUAUUUGGAGGCUGAAGAGAGCGGCGACAUGGAAAAGUUGCGUGAAAUAACCAUAAAAUAUGGUUCAUCACUACGCAAACCAAACUCCAGGACUCCUGCAGCUUAUGUCACGCCCGCUACUUUUGAAACUCCGGAGGUUAUUGCAGGAUCUCCAUCAUCACGGAAUAAAGCCUGUCAAGAUGGAAUGACAAGAGCUGAUGAAGGAGAAAAUGACAGGAAGAACGAAGGGAAGGAGCUUCCGACCCUGGAUACCUUCCUGGGCAGAAGCACCAGUGAGGACAAUGCAUCCUUCAAUCAAAUCAUCGAGGUGGCUGAAGAGAGGAACAGGAUCAAAAAUGCCUGGCUGUAUGAGGCUGAGGAAGAAUCAAAGCAGCGCCAUGAAGAAAUGCUGGCACUACCAUCAUCCAAGUUCCAUGCUAUCACAGCUGGAAAAGCAGGUGUGGAGACCUGGGAGUAUAAAGCCAAGAAUGUUCUGAUGUAUUACCCAGAAGGAGUGAAGGACGAUGAGCUCUUCAAGAAACCUCGUGAGGUGAUUCACAAAAAUACCCGUUUCCAAGGUGAUCCAUUCAGUCGAGGCCUUAGCAAGUCCCAGUUACAGCAAGCAGCAGCUCUCAAUGCACAGUUUAAACAGGGCAAAGUAGGGCCUGAUGGGAAGGAGCUGAUCCCACAGGAUUCGCCUAAAGUCAAUGGUUAUGGCUUUGUACGGACUCCUUCGCCAGUGCCAGGUAAGAAUCAAUAAUUUGCAAACUUCACA